AUGUGUAAGCAUAUACGGAAGACCUUUACUUGUGGCCACUCCAUAAUCGUUGUAUCGGAAUGGUGCGAAAAGUAUCAAAAUUCUUUGCAAUCAAGCAUGCGAUGCAAGCCCGAUAUAUGUUAUCAAAUGGAUGAAGAGAGUCUGUGCUUUGCAAACAUAGAUAAGCGGAAGUGA